AUGAGUAAAGUAUUUGCCGAUCAACCUUUGCACCCUGGUUCUUCAAUAGCUACACUGCGUCCUAUGCGGAGUCAAUGUUCUUGGGGUGCGCGCGGGUUACUUCAAGCUGAGAAGUUGCUCCUGACAAAUUAUAGUUGGAAAAUUAGAUCCAAGUCUAGGUUACGUGCUGGCAAUGAGCGAUGGGUUCAUGGAAGGAUUCCCCUCUUUCGGGAUAUUGUCUCUCUUCACACUGCUGCUACUGUUUCCAUUGCGUCCCUCUUGUUGCCACACCAACAAGGAUGGAAUGUUUCUCGGCUUCAUUCACUUUUUCAUUCCAGCACAGUUCGUGAUAUACGUGCUCUUGAAGUACCACGACUCACAAACCAAGAGGACCUUUCUAUUUGGCCGUUUACUACUUCGGGCCAAUACACUACCAAAUCUGGUUACUAUUUCCUCUCUCGAAAUACCGAUAUCUACAGCAUGAACUCCCCUCUCAAUUCGGAGUUCUUUCGAAUUUUAUGGGGAUUGCGCAUCAUGCCAAAAUGGAAAUUAUUCCUCUGGAAACUGUACCAUAACGGGUUAGCAACAACAGCUAACCUUUCGUACCGUGGUCUGGCUAGUUCAGAUGGUUGUCCAAACUGCAAUUUGGAACCUGAGACAUGCCAACACCUUUUCCGUUUUUGUCAUCUAUCCACGUUAGCAUGGCAAACUAGCCAACUGAGUAUUAGUUCCAAUGUAACUCCCCUUGUGAGCUUUAAAGACUGGCUCAUUGCAUGGAUACACUAUUUCUACCAGCAGGAUGGAUACAAUGGCCAUCGUCUUCCAUUGUUUGUGGCUAUUUUAUGGGCUAUUUGGCAGGGACGGAAUCAAAAGGUUUUCAACGGAACAAUACCUGAUCUGCCUCUAAUCCGUUCACUUCAGGACAAAGGUAUCCAGCAACACUUUACCUUUCUGGCUACUCCUACUCCUCAACUUAAGAUCUUAAAUGAGGCACCAGGUCCUCCAGGGUUUCUUUUUGCACAUUUUGGGUUAACCUUCUCCGGGGUACCACAGUUACAGAUACAAGUGGAUGGGUCCUGGAAGAAGUCUUCUCCUUUGGCCGGUAUUGCCUGGGUUGUUGAUAACGUUAGUACUAACGCAAGGGAGGGCCAAGGUAGCUGCAUUUAUGCUGAGUUAGCCCUGGUGGCUGAAGCCCGGGCUUGUCUGGGGGCCUUGCUUUGGGCUCAAGCUCGGGGUUAUUAUCAAAUUUUGAUCUACACAGACUCCGAAAUCUUGGUACGGAGUUUGAUUCAUCAAGCCACACAACCUAUUUCAAUUGCCUGGACUCUCAACGACAUUCGAAUCCUGGGACAACAACUCCGAUGGUGUCGGAUUAUCAAAGCUAAUCGGCAACAGGUGCAGAGGGCGCAUGAACUGGCCAAUCAUGUUCGCCUAGGACAGAUACCAAUGGCCACCCUGUAG